AUGGGUCUCGGGAUUCUCGAGGACUCCCGCCUCGACCACGUUCCUGGCACCACCUUCAUCCUCGAGGACGACUCUAGCACCGUCGAACAACUCGCCCCCUCCCUGCACCUCAAAUAUGACCACUCCGGGCCCACACCGGUCAUCCUCGUCCCGCAGCCAAGCAAUGACCCCAACGAUCCUUUGAACUGGCCCCUGUGGAAGCGCGACGCAAUCCUCGCCAUCCUCUCCUUCACGCUGCCCUGCCCAUUCGGCUACCACCUCUGCGGCGUCGGGGUGGCCGGCCUGCUCUUCGUCCCCUCCGCCCGCGUCUGGGGCAAACGCCAUCUAUAUAUCCUCGGCUGUGUCGUGAUGAUCAUCAGCUCCGCAUGGGGCGGCGCAAGUUCAGGGAGUUACCGCAGCCUGCUGGCUGCAAGGGUUUUUCAGGGCGUGGGCCUGGCGCCGUUUGAAGCGUUGGUCAAUGCAAGUGUCGGGGAUUUGUUUUUUGUUCACGAACGCGGGAAACGAAUGGCAUUGUCCAACGUCGCCCUCUUCGGUGGCAGCUUCUUAACCCCAGUCAUCGUCGGCAAGCUCACCGCCUCUAUGGGCUGGGAAUGGACAUUUAACUUCCUCGCCAUCUUCUCCGGUGUUUGUCUACCAUUGGUCAUAUUCUGCGUCCCUGAAACCGCUUUCAGGAGGGCGGCUCAUCUCAACACGGAUAUCGAAGGGGAAUAUGGCUGUGGAGAUGGCUUUCGUAAUCCUGCUAAUACCACUACAACCCAGCCUCUCGAAUCGGAGACGGAGAACAAGAGCUCAUCAUCGCAAAAAUCUCGUGAGGAGGAGGCAAAGAAGGAAGCGGCGGAAGUGGAAACGAAAGUAGAGGAUCGCAACGACCAUGGUGGUACCGAGGGAGCUACACACGAUACACAGGAUAUCAUCCCCCCCAAAGUGACAUAUUGGCAAACCCUGAAACUCUUCAACGGGCGCAAGACGGACGAGAGUUACUGGAAAUUAUUCCUCCGCCCACUGCCAUUAUUCCUACAUCCGGGUAUUUUAUGGGCCUGCCUAACCCAGGGCGUCCUAAUCGGCUGGACCGUCUUCAUUGGCGUCGUUCUCGCCGUAAUAUUUAGCGUCCCGCCGCUCUGGUUCAGCGAGGUCCAAGUCGGCUACCUGUACACGGGCGCCUUCAUCGGGUCCAUUGCCGGCCUCUUCCUCUCAGGCCUCUUGUCCGAUUACACCGCAAAGCUCCUGAUAAAGCUGAACAGAGGCAUCUACGAGCCCGAGUUCCGGAUUGUGCUGGUGCUGUUCCAGCUGAUUUUUAGCGCCAUGGGGCUGUAUGGGUUUGGGAUUACGACGGAGAACGUGGGCCGGUUUGGAUACGUGGUACCCGAUGUGUUUUUUGGGUUUGUCAUUGUUGGCAUGGUUAUGGGCGCGGUGGCGAGUGCGUUGUAUGUUGUUGAUGCGCAUCGCCAAAUCGCCGUCGAAGCCUUCACCUGCCUCCUCGUCUUCAAGAACAUGUUCAGCUUCCUCCUGACAUACUUCGCCUACGAUUGGCUCGUGCUCUCCAAGCCGAAACAUGUCUUCACAACCAUCGCCAGUAUUCAGGUCGGCGUGUGUCUGCUGAGUAUACCCAUGUACAUUUUCGGCAAACGUAACCGCUCGUAUUUCCACCGCAAUGAUAUCCUCAAGAAAUUGAAUCUAUGGUGA